UGUGCGCUCCCUGCGGAGGAGAUGUGAGGGCUUUUCUCUUGGGGGAGAAAUCGGUGGUCGAGCGCCUGCCCAAAUCACAUGCCACCCUGCUCAGAGGGAAGCCUCCACCCCAGGGAUCCCCGAAGGAGAGCAACGUCACACUUCCUGAGGACAGCCAGGAGGACUCUGGCUUCUGCUGAGCUUUGCAUCUUGCCUCCUUCCUUCCAAAGGCUCCAGACCCAAGCUCCACGUCCUCGAAUCCCGCGUGCCCCUGGCCAGGCGCUCCACGGCUCCCCCGGGCCAGCCCAGUUCUGGAGCUCACCUCCAGGACCUGGAGCCCGCCCUCCUGCCCAGAAUGACUCACCAUUAUUUCUCGCUCAAGUGAGAAGACGUGAUGGGCCGUCGGACUGCCGAUUUGUGUAUCUAGGAUUCCCACGGUAUCUGAUCAGCUCUUCGAGGAAGAGAGCUUCCGGUUCCUGCCUUGCCAGCCAAGGGAGGCUGUCUCUCUGGUCCUCAGAGAGCCCUCGGGGCUCUCCUGCAGGAAUCCAGGCCAAUGCUUCCGUGUUUCCUGGGGCCGUAAGCAGCACCCUGAGUUCCCUGCUGCCGGGCAGCUGGAAGGCAUAGUGUGAGGCCCUUCUCUCAGCCCCCAUUAUGACAGUGGCCACCGGAGAGCCAGCGGAUGAGGCCGCCGCCCUCCCCGGGCACCCACAGGACACGUACGACCCCGAGGCCGACCACGAGUGCUGUGAGAGGGUGGUCAUCAACAUCUCGGGGCUGCGCUUUGAGACCCAGCUCAAGACCUUAGCCCAGUUUCCAGAGACCCUCUUAGGGGACCCAAAGAAGCGGAUGAGGUACUUUGACCCCCUCCGAAAUGAGUACUUUUUCGAUCGGAACCGGCCCAGCUUUGAUGCCAUUUUGUACUAUUACCAGUCGGGUGGCCGCUUGAGACGGCCCGUGAACGUGCCCUUGGACAUCUUCUCUGAAGAAAUUCGGUUUUAUGAGCUGGGAGAAGAAGCCAUGGAGAUGUUUCGGGAAGACGAAGGCUACAUCAAGGAGGAAGAACGUCCUUUGCCCGAAAAUGAGUUUCAGAGGCAGGUGUGGCUUCUCUUUGAAUACCCAGAGAGCUCAGGGCCUGCUAGGAUUAUAGCUAUCGUAUCCGUCAUGGUCAUCCUGAUCUCCAUCGUCAGCUUCUGCCUGGAGACCCUGCCCAUCUUCCGGGAUGAGAACGAGGACAUGCAUGGGAGCGGGAUGACCUUCCACACUUACUCCAACAGCACCAUCGGGUACCAGCAGUCAACCUCCUUCACCGACCCUUUCUUCAUUGUCGAGACUCUUUGCAUCAUCUGGUUCUCGUUCGAAUUCUUGGUGCGGUUCUUUGCCUGCCCCAGCAAAGCCGGCUUCUUCACCAACAUCAUGAAUAUCAUUGACAUUGUGGCCAUCAUCCCCUACUUCAUCACCCUGGGGACGGAGCUGGCCGAGAAGCCAGAGGACGCCCAGCAAGGCCAGCAGGCCAUGUCGCUGGCCAUCCUCCGUGUCAUCCGGUUGGUAAGAGUCUUUAGGAUUUUCAAGUUGUCUCGACACUCCAAAGGUCUCCAGAUUCUAGGGCAGACCCUCAAAGCCAGCAUGAGAGAAUUGGGCCUCCUGAUAUUCUUCCUCUUCAUCGGGGUCAUCCUUUUCUCUAGUGCUGUCUAUUUUGCAGAGGCCGAUGAGCGAGAGUCCCAGUUCCCCAGCAUCCCGGAUGCCUUCUGGUGGGCAGUCGUCUCCAUGACAACUGUAGGCUAUGGAGACAUGGUUCCGACUACCAUUGGGGGAAAGAUCGUGGGGUCCCUCUGUGCAAUUGCAGGUGUGUUAACCAUUGCCUUACCGGUCCCCGUCAUAGUGUCCAACUUCAACUACUUCUACCACCGGGAGACAGAGGGAGAGGAGCAGGCUCAGUACCUGCAAGUGACAAGCUGUCCAAAGAUCCCGUCCUCCCCCGACCUGAAGAAAAGUAGAAGUGCCUCUACCAUUAGUAAGUCUGAUUACAUGGAGAUCCAGGAGGGGGUCAACAACAGUAACGAGGACUUUAGAGAGGAAAACUUGAAAACGGCCAACUGCACUUUGGCUAAUACAAACUAUGUGAAUAUUACCAAAAUGUUAACUGAUGUCUGAUUGAAACCUAUUAACACACCCGCAGCUCCAUGGAACUCCUGCAGAUACAGCAUAAAUAGCCUGCAUUGUAGUCAGUGUGUUCUGCAGUGUACAUCUGGUUCUGCAUGGGAAGCAGUAGUCGUGCAAGUGACUUUCAAUCUUUUGAUUUUUUAUUUAAAACACAGAAUAUCUAUCCCUGGCUUUCAUGCAAAUAAAUCUUCAUCACUGGCCUAGGGGUUUCCAAACAGGGGAGUCCCCUAUGGAGCCAGAAUUUCAGAAAGACACACUGGGGCCACCUCAUAGUGGACACAUAACCCGCCCCAUCGGUGCCACCUUCCUUUCUGAAUUAAAUGCGCACACCCUCCUCUCCUCCCUGGGAGACGCACCCCACCCUCCCCAGCCUCUGGGGCCCCGAAUCCCCUGGGCCCAUAGGAGCCCCACCUCCUGCUUCACAGAGGAAAACCAUGGUGGCUUAGCUUGAAAGCACGGGGAAUUAUUCAAAAGGUCAUUUCCCAUUUUUGCAUUGAGAAGAACACACAGGCCUGCCGUAUUGGAAUUAGUCUCUCUGUGUCACGGGCUGGGGUUUGUGAAUUGCACUUGCCAAGUAGAUGCUUCGGAGGCUUGUGUUUCAUAACAGAAAAUGCUGCAUUUGGUUUUUCUCUGCAGUGUGGUUGUGAGGGAACCCCAGGGGGAGGGACAGUCGGGAUGACCGAACAUGAGUGGUCCAGUUGCACACUGGCUCUUAGGCCGCUGGGGAGAAGCUAACCAACCCAGGGACCUCUCGGCUUCCGAUCUCUCCAUUUUCGCAGGCUUCAGGGUCACAAAACGUCUGACUCCCACGUGCCGCUGGAGUGUGCAGACGUCUGCUUUCCUCGCGCCGUGCCCGCGGUGCUGACCCCCGCAGUGCCAUUACCAAUAAUGAGCUAGAGCUGCAUGGGUGUUUGUUGCAUGCAUCUCGAUAUUUAAACCACAGGAGAUAACCUAUUUUCUUAGUAGCCUACACAGUAUUCAUAUCUAGAGUAUUAAGAUCCCCGGAGUGGCACUGAGCUAGGGGGUGUUUUGGUUGGUUUGGUUUUGGUUUUCUCCGCCCCCCCCCCCCCCCCGGCCCAUUCAGAAGACAAAAAGCCCUCAGUCAGGAGAAUAAAAAAGAGACUGUUUGGCAUGGGGAACCCCAACUUCCGGCUCCCCAGCCCACCCCAUCCCUGUUCUUCGACCUGGGGGCACAGACCUUUGCAA